UAAGCACGCGACGACGCCAGGGGAACAAUUGACGUUGUUAUGCGACAACAGUCAGUUCUAACAACAACAGCAACAACAAGCGACGAGCACCAGAAAAGCAGGUGAAGCGAUGCGCACUUUUUAAUUGACAUUUGCUGAAGCUGAACGGCGCUUUGUGCAGCAAUUAGCAAAAAAAACGACGCACAGAAAAGGACAAAAAAUAAGUAAAACAAUUGUAAACAGUGAGAAAAAACAACAAUUGAAAAGCUGAUGGCCAAGUUGAUAUUUAAUUAAAAAUUCAGCAUAUUUAGCGUGCGACGCUGAAAAGUAGGCAACGCUUUUUUCCAUAAACAAUGGCCGCCGCGCCGCACCGGAAGUUCACGCGUACGGCAAAGCUGUCAAACUGUUGACAGUUGUCACACGGUCGAGCACAGAGGCGCGCACGUGACGCCCCCUCAAAAAAGAAAAUAAAAAAAAUUUGAGAGCAGGCCAGCCAACAGGCAGGCCUUCUGGAGUACGUGAGUGCAUGAAUGUAUGAAUAAAUGGCAGGCAAAUGAAUGAAACGUCCAAAACGUUGGCCAUAUUCCACAAAUUUCUCAAACAGCGCUAAACGUCUGCACGUACAGCGCAUAAAUUUCAAGUGAAAUUAAAGUCCAAACCCUUAAACGGAAAAAAAUAAGGAUAAAAAAACUGCAAAAUAAACGAGGCAGCCGCCCACACAAAUAUGUUGGCCCAACACUAUGCCCUGGUUGGCCUGGGCCUGGCCCUAGCCCUGCUGCUGUGCAGCGUGCAGGCAUUAACCCUGACAGAUGCCGCCGCCGAGCAGCAGGAGCGGCAACUGUCGCUGCAACAUCUCAGCUAUCAGAGCGUGCGCCGCAUGCUGCGCGAUGAGCACGCAACGGCGGCCCACUACAAAGCCGAGCUGCGCUACCAGCACAAGCGCGAGUCGCCGCUGCGCGAGAAGCGCGAGGCACACACAGAGGCCGCCACGCUGCUGAAUCUGACGCGGCAAGGCCUGAGCGCCUAUGAUAGCCAACAGAACUAUCAGGGCCAAUUUGAGCUGGUGACUCGCUUGGAUCUGAGCCACAAUUGUCUGAACAGCCUGCAGCUGCAGAACUUUACGCAGCUGCAGCAGCUGAGCGCAUGCAACAACACGCUGACCCUGCUGCCCGCUCUGAGCGCCACGCUGAGCGCACUGGAUCUAUCUUGGAACAAGCUUAGCCAGCUCACCAGCAGCGGCAACAGGAGCAGCAGCAGCUUCUUUGCGCAGCGCAUGCCCCAGCUCAAGCAUUUGAAUCUGGAACACAAUGAGCUGGGCGGUGCCAUAGCCAGGCAGGCCUUCUAUAAUCUGUUUGGUCUGGAAACACUGCUGCUCGGCUGGAACAACAUAACGGAUAUCGACUAUGAAUCCUUUCUGGCGCUGCCCAAUUUGCAGCAUCUGGAUUUGUCGCACAAUCAGCUGAGCGGCUCGGCUAUACGCGCCCUGCAGGGCAUACCCGAUCUGGUGAGCCUGUCCAUUGCAUAUAAUCCGCUGGUGGGCGCAGCCAUGCAAGAGUUUGUCGCCUCCUGGAGUCUCAAGGAUCUGGAUGCCAGUGGCACCGGCUUGUGCCAGGUGCCCGCUGCAUUGGCGCAAUCUGUGCGCACGCUCAAACUCUCGCACAACUGGCUUCAGGCAAUAAAUUGCGGCGAUUUGGACAGUUAUCCACUGUUGCAGUACUUGGAUCUGUCCUACUCGCACAUUGCGCAGCUGGAGGAUGAUGCACUGGGUCGUCUGGAACUGCUCGAGCUGCUAUUUCUUGACCACAACAGCCUGAUGCGUGUGCCGAACAGCUUGCCCACCUCGCUGGAGCAUCUCUUCCUGCAGCACAAUCGCAUUAUGGAGCUGCAGCCACAGGCGUUCGUCGGGCUGAAAAAUCUGAAAACCUUGGAUCUAUCCGGCAACCGUUUGUUGUAUUUGCCGGCGCUUCCAUUGGCCAACUUGCUCACAUUGAAUCUACAGUCGGCGGGUAUCGAGUCGGUCAGUCAGUCGAUUGUGCAUACGCUGCCGCAGCUGCGUGAUCUGCUGCUGGAGGAGAAUCCCAUCAGGUGCAGCGAUCUGCUGGGCAUUGCCGAAUGGGCAAGUCCCUGUCGCAGUGUCGACUUGGGUCGUACAAUGGGCGGCAUCGAUUUGAAGCGACGCUACGUGCAGUUGCAGAACUUUAACGAUAACUUUAGCAGCACUUGUGGGGGCGUGGCAAAUGAAGUAAAUGAUGCAGCCGAGCUGUCCAAAUCAAUGCCGCCCACUUGCAGCCAGGCAACGGCAGCAACAACACAAGCAACUAUGCCAAAAGUGCAAAAGUCAAAGGCACCAUCUACAGCAACAGUGGCAGAAGCAGCAGCAGCAACAACAGCAGCAACACACACAAGUCCAAUGCAAUCAAGCGGCAACAACAUUGCGCUGCUAACCGCAAAAACUUUAGGGCCAGCUGAAACAACUUCGUUAGUGCAACUGCAGCGCCAACAAAUGCCUGGCAUGCCAACUGCAAUAACAGCAGUAACAACCCCACCAGGAGCAACAGCAGAAGCAGCAGCGACAACAACAACAAUUGCAACUGCCACAGCCGCUGGCGUGCCAAGUUUGCAACGCGCUGCCAAACGCACAAACAUUUUGGCAAGCAGCUCAACGCCGCCAGCAGCAACAACAGCAACAUUAGCAACAACCACAGCGCCGCCUAGACUAGCCAGGCCAACAAACAUUAGCAAUGUUGCUGCGGUCGCCAAAGCAACAACAGCAACAGUCGCUGUGCCACGAACAAUUUUGGCGCUUUUAAGUUCUGAUAGCAAACACAAGCAUGCCAAGAGUGUAUUAAAAGAGACAGCAGCAACAACAACAACAACAGAGACAACAACAACAGCAACAGCAGCAACAACAGCUGCCGCUGUACAGCCCAGUGACACUUCCGGUCAGGACGCAAAGCCGACACAUAAACAUGCCACGCUGCAGCUGCAUAUUAAAGAUCGGCAUCUUAUUGGAACGCCGCUGCUGAUGCACAAGGGCGACAACCUGCUGAUAGAUGCGGAGCAAUUGCUGCUGCCCGGAACGGCAACAGUGGCGGAUGCGGAAACAUUGCUGGCUGACAGCCAGCUGAAGCAGCAGCAGCAGCGACAGGAAACGACUGAUAAGCGACAAGCGGAAGCAAUAAAGGGCGACACAAAGGCGACAGCACAGACGGAGCUAGAGCUGGAGCUGGAACAGCACAAGAAGAAGCCCUCGCUGAGCAUUAAGAAGAUGACCUACAGCACGAAGCAUGCAGCAAUCAAGAAAUCAACAGCAACACUAGCACCAACAACAACAACAGCAAUAGCAGGCACAACAGCAACAACACCUGGCACACGCCCACAACACCAACACAGCAGCGUUAACACACCCAAUGCGGUCAAACAGCAGCUGAGCACAUUCGCCCAGCUGAAGGCCUUUGUGGAGCUGAAGACGGAAGCUUCCAAGUCCGCACAGCUGCUGGCGACACGCCUGGAAACGCAACAGACAUUAAAUGGCAGCCAUCCGGGGCUGAUGCUGCUGCUGGCCUGCGUCCUGGUGAUUGUGCUGCUCGCCGGCCUGGCGCAUGUUUAUCGCUGUGAGCUACCCUGGCAGCGCAGUCCACGUGCCCAGCAGCGACCGCAUCAGCAGCAUCAGCGCCAGCUGAAUGAGAGCGACGAUGUGGACAGCUUUUUGCAUUAUCAGGGCUCCCGGCAUGCAAAUCCGCCCCGUUUGGGGGCCUGGCAUCACAGCACCAGACGCGAGGCGCCAUACAGCUCGCCGCUGCACAAUUUGCAGGCACGUGAACUGCAGCGCGAGCAGCAGAAGCUACAGUUCUACAGCGCUUCGUUGGCGGACAGCUCCAUUGGCAGCGGCAGCGGCAGUGGCAGCGGCUGCUCCUCGGGCAGCAGUCGCAGCAGUCUGCACUCGCCGAGCAACGAGGAUAGCUACUAUAUAGAGAUGGCGCCCAGCAGCCCCAUGACAGCCUCCAGCGGCAUGCCCAGCCUGCCCAUGGAGCUGCUGAGCGGCAGCAGCAACUGCAACAGCAGCAGCACAAGACGCACCGCCGGCACGGGCGUGGCUGCCACACAGCUGGGCGGUGCUUUGGCGCCGUCGGCAGCGACGCUGCGUUCGAUGAGCAGCAAACUGAUGGCGCCCGGCACGCGUCGCCUGGGCAUCUGGUGACAAACCGUGUUCGGGCAGCGACAAUACGCAACACUACAGUGAAUCAAGGGCAAAUAUAUAGAAAUAUAUAUACAAAUAUAGAAAACCUUCUGCAUAGUUUUAAGCCCAAUAGUCAGCGGCCAAAAUGAGUCAGAAAGCAACUGGCAGCAGCAUCGCAGAGAGAUAUAGAUAUGCAUGCA